UCAUGUUCCAAUCGCAGUUACUGGCACGAUAUCGACUUAGAUGUAUCUCUUUUAUUACUCAUAAACAUCAUAAUUUAAAUAAAAUUAAAAAUAUACAUUAUAAAAUACCCGAAUUUAAGAAAAUAAUGUUUAAAUGAAAAACGAAAAUUAAUACUUAAUUAAAUUUUAUUUUUUAGCAUCCAGCCAGUUUGCUUUUAAAAUAAAUAAGUGAUAAAAAUAAUAAAAUAAAAAUGUGUUAUAAUACUAUUUUGCGUACUUUGAGGAGCAGUGGAGUGCGGAAUAAACUUUAUGGGACUUCGUACAGGAUAAACUUGGCAAGAAAUUUUGCCAUUAAAGGGAUUGAUGGCCUGACCCUCGAUAAACGGACCUUGGUGAGCACAGAGCGCAAGAAGGAGACCUUCACGGACAGAUCUCAGCUGAAGUAUGCGAGACGGCUGGUCGUCAAGCUGGGCAGUGCUGUCAUCACCAGGGAGGACGGCAACGGGUUGGCUUUAGGUCGCCUCGCUUCUAUCGUUGAACAGGUAGCGGAAUGUCACCACGAGGGUCGAGAAUGCAUCAUGGUGAGCAGUGGAGCGGUGGCGUUUGGACGUCAGAAGCUUACUCAAGAGUUGCUCAUGUCACUCUCUAUGAGGGAGACGCUUUCACCUAGUGAUCAUACUAGAGAGGAUGCCGGCAGUAUUCUUGAUCCCCGCGCGGCUGCAGCCGUCGGCCAGUCCGAGCUUAUGUCCAUGUAUGAUGCCAUGUUCUCGCAAUACAACGUCAAGAUUGCCCAGGUCUUAGUUACGAAACCGGACUUCUACAACGAGGAGACCCGGAAGAAUCUGUUCUGCACUUUGUCGGAGCUGAUAUCCCUCAACAUUGUUCCCAUCAUCAACACCAAUGACGCCGUCAGCCCGCCGAUGUACAUCCAAGAUGACAGUAUCGUGCCUGGCACCGGGAAAAAGGGUAUCGGCCUAAAAGACAACGACAGUCUAUCAGCUCUACUCGCUGCGGAGAUCCAGUCAGACCUUCUCAUCAUGAUGUCAGAUGUCGACGGCAUCUACAACAAGCCGCCAUGGGAGGAUGGUGCCAAGAUGAUGCACACCUAUACCUCCAAAGACAGAGACCAGGUUGAGUUUGGCAAGAAGUCUAAGGUGGGUACCGGAGGAAUGGAUUCUAAAGUGAAUGCAGCUACCUGGGCAAUGGCUCGUGGUGUCAGUGUGGUCAUUUGCAACGGCAUGCAAGAGAACGCAAUCAAAACGAUCAUCACUGGAAGAAAAGUGGGCACUUUCUUUACCGACCACGUCAUCAAUACAUCUGCUUCUGUCGAUGUUUUGGCUGAAAAUGCUCGUUCUGGAAGUAGAACUCUUCAAAGUCUUUCCCCAGCGGACAGAGCAUCUGCUAUUCAUUCCUUAGCCAACCUUCUAGUAGAAAAACAAGACCAAGUUUUAGAAGCAAACAACAAGGAUUUAGAAGAAGCCACCAAGACUGGUCUAGCUAAACCUCUUCUGAGCAGAUUGUCUUUAAGUCCAUCGAAGUUGAAGACUUUGGCUGUCGGCUUGAAACAGAUUGCUGAUUCAAGUUACGAGAACGUUGGUAGAGUACUUAGAAGGACAAAGUUAGCCGAAAACCUUGUGUUGCGACAAGUGACAGUACCUAUUGGUGUGCUCUUAGUCAUAUUUGAAUCGAGACCCGAUUCGCUGCCUCAAGUUGCUGCUCUUGCCAUGGCGUCAGCUAACGGUCUCCUGUUGAAAGGUGGUAAGGAAGCAGCUCACUCAAACAAAGCCCUAAUGGAUUUAGUCAAAGAAUCUCUAAGUUCUGUCGGAGCGGACGACGCUAUCUCGCUAGUUUCAACUAGGGAAGAAAUCAGCGACCUCCUCUCUAUGGAGAAACAUAUUGACCUGAUUAUUCCCCGAGGCUCUUCGGACCUUGUUAGGAAUAUUCAGAAGCAGUCACAACAUAUUCCUGUCUUGGGACAUGCAGAGGGCAUUUGCCACGUGUAUUUGGACAGAGAUGCUGAUCCAAACAAGGCUUUGAAGAUUGUCCGCGAUGCGAAGUGUGACUACCCGGCGGCUUGCAACGCUAUGGAGACCCUGCUGAUUCACGAGGAUCAUUUGUCUAGCUCUCUCUUUACUGAACUCUGCAGUAUGUUGAAGAAGGAAGGCGUGAUUAUUCAUGCUGGUCCUAGGUUGUCCAGUCACUUGACUUUCGGUCCUCCACCGGCAAGAACUUUGCGCCACGAGUACGGUGCAUUGGAAUGUUGUAUUGAGGUUGUGAAAGACCUUGAAGAAGCCGUUGACCACAUUCACAAGUUUGGGAGUUCGCACACAGAUGUAAUAGUCACAGAAAACGAAAGUGCAGCGAAGAAGUUCCUGACCUCAGUGGACAGCGCAUGCGUGUUCCACAACGUGUCUUCCCGCUUCGCCGACGGAUUCCGCUUCGGUCUUGGCGCUGAAGUCGGCAUCUCUACCGCAAGGAUUCAUGCCAGAGGACCCGUGGGUGUGGAAGGUCUGCUUACCACCAAAUGGAUCCUCGAAGGUACAGACCACACUGCUGCAGAGUUCAAUGAGGGCAAACGACAGUGGCUGCAUGAGACCCUGCCUCUUAACUGACUACAAAAAGAACAUAACAGUUUCUGGUACAAACUAAAGAGAUUCUUUAUUAAGUAGACAAGUUUAGGUAUUUAAUUUUAAAUUCCUAGCUUAAAAAAUAAAUGAAAAUAGGUAAGUACUGGCAUAAAAUAAAAAUGCACGCAAAAAUAUAAUUAGUACAAGUAGAAUUUAAGCAAAAUGUGUUCUUUAUUUAAAAUGAAAACAUAAUUUAUAAUUUUGUUUUUAAAAGCUUAACUUAGCUUAAAAUCUCAUUGGUAAAUUAUAUAAAUAAACGCCAUAAAUGAAUAAAUCAGGCUAUUCGGUCUUUCAAACUAGUUGUUUUGCAAUAUUUAUUUCCGUUAAAUACGAUGCUACUCAUAUGCCUACCUAAUCAAAAAUUUUAUAAAAUAUAAUUAUUAAGUGAACAUUCCUAAUAAUAUGUUAUUGCAUAAGUUUUAAAUAAUUAAAUUAAGUAGUAAUAUUCGAUUUUAGAUUAUAAUUGUUGUUAUUGAAAUAAAAUUCUUUGUUAUAAUAAAA